GUCAGAGAUCGGCAACAUUCGCACAUCGUUUUUCCAUAGUUGCUUGAAGAGGCUUCACUAUGGUAGCCUUCUGUGCUAGCUCUGCUAGACUAGCUCUACCUACACUUCUCCGCAACGUUUAUCGCUCCGAAUUUGCCUCUGAGCUUCAUUCCUCCCGUCUCAUCUCUCUGCGCCGGGCGUCUCACUCCCAUCAGCUUUGUAACAAUGGCCGGAGUUUUGCUUCCGUCUCGAGACUACUUGCCUCCCAGCCAGGAUCGCAUGCGAAUUCGCAACAGCCUUCGCAACCGGCCAUCACAGAAUCAAGUUCAGAGCAACUAGAUGCCACUGUAUACGGUUCUGUUAGUGAAACCCCUGCAAAGGAUACGACAAUCCAUCGUGAUCGACGGGGCCCAAAUAAACCCGCUCGAAAGGCGAAGAAGACGAAGUUUUCCUCAUCACAAGCAGAACCCGAUGCAAACUCAGUCAAAUCCUCCCGCGAUAAGAAACAUGUGCGCAGUGACCGAACCUCCCCGGAAUACAAACCCAAGAAAAAGGAGCACUGGCAAAUUCAAAAAGAUGCCUUGAAGAAGAAAUUCAAAGAGGGAUGGAACCCAUCAAAAAAGCUUUCGCCCGACGCUCUUGAGGGUAUUCGCCACUUACAUGCCGUAGCUCCGGACAAAUUUACAACUCCUGUUCUUGCCGAGCAAUUCCAGGUAUCUCCAGAAGCUAUUAGACGUAUUUUGAAAAGCAAAUGGCGUCCUUCCGAAACAGAAAUGGAGGACCGGCGCAAACGAUGGGAAAAGCGGCAUGAUCGAAUCUGGAGUCAUCUAUCAGAGCUGGGUCUCCGACCGAAAACAAAACGCACGGAGGCCUUAGACGAUUCAAACAUACUGUAUGGUAAGGGCGAAGAAGGCAACAAACCAUCAGAGUAAUCUGCUGUUGUAUUUCAAAGAAGCAUGAAAGCAUUGUGCAUAUUGGAGACAUAUAUACUGUUAAUAGUACAUAAUUACUUACACUUGAAAUUACAUUGUUACUGUUUCUCUUUCAUUCUCUUCCUCUCUCUCUCCCUUCAUUUCCUGUUUUUUGUUCUUUUUCUUUUCUUCUUCCUCUUCUUCCUCCUUACCUCUUGGUCUUUUGAGAUUGCUGGUAUUGUGCUGAAACCCUGAGUUACUUGGCUCCAUAAUUAAUGUGUCUCCUUUUGCGGAGAUUUGUUUUACCAAGUGAUUCUUCUGUAUCACGUCAAACAAGCCCUAUUGUAUUCCAUGCUACGGCUAUAAAAUAAAAAACAAAAUAAUAAGAUAAGUCUCCUCAUCCGGAGCAUUUCAUAAACUCUUUCCUUAUCAACCCCAAUCGAGACGAUUAAAGAUAUGGAAAAGUCUCCAGUGGGCUAGAAAGGACGCUAACUCUAAAGUGUCUU